AUACUCUAGAGCUAAGAUACUGGACGCGAGAUGGCAAGCUUGAAUUGGGAGCUGACUGAAGCGGUUAGAUAUUUGGAUAAAGACUAGAGCCGGGGAAGUGAGCUCUUGCGUGGGAAGCUGCGUGUAUAAAUGGACGUCCCCCGUCCUUAGGUCGGCAGUUGUGUUUUGGACAAGCCGCGGAAUCCUCCAAUUCCCAUCUCAGCAUCUCAGAUAUACUCUGCUUCGUACUUCAAGAUGAAAGCCAGCUUCAUGCUUCUUCUCGCUCCGCUCGUCGUCUCGGCAGCGCCCGCCCUCGACUCGCGCCAGGCGGCCCAGAGCGUCGACAAGUUGUUCAAGGCCAAGGGUAAGGAGUACUUUGGCACCUGCACCGACCAGGGCCGGCUCACGUCGGGCAAGAACGCGGCUAUCAUCGAGGCCAACUUCGGCCAGGUGACGCCCGAGAACAGCAUGAAGUGGGCGAGCAUCAACCCGUCCAAGGGCACCUACAACUGGGGCCAGGCCGAUUAUCUGGUCAACUGGGCAACGCAGCGCAACAAGACGAUCCGCGGCCACACUUUUGUCUGGCACUCGCAGCUCGCCAGCUGGGUCAACUCCAUCAGCGACCGCAACACCCUGACCCAGGCCAUCCAGAACCACAUCACGACCGUCAUGACACGGUACAAGGGCAAGAUCCACCACUAUGACGUGAUCAACGAGAUGUUCAACGAAGACGGCUCUCUUCGCAGCAGCGUCUUCUCGAGGGUCCUGGGCGAGGACUUUGUGGGCAUCGCCUUCCGGGCAGCGCGGGCGGCGGACCCCAGCGCCAAGCUGUAUAUCAACGACUACAACCUCGACAGCCCCAACGCGGCCAAGGUGACGCGCGGCAUGGUCGACCACGUCAAGAAAUGGCUGGCCGCCGGCAUCCCCAUCGACGGCAUCGGCACCCAGGGCCACCUGCAGUCCGGCGGCGGCAACGGGCUCGCCCAGGCCAUCAAGACGCUCGCCGCCUCGGGCGUCAAGGAGGUGGCCGUGACGGAGCUGGAUAUCCAGAACAGCAAUACAAACGACUAUGUCGCUGUGACCCGUGGCUGCUUGGAGGAGCCCAAGUGUGUGGGCAUCACCGUCUGGGGUGUCCGGGACCCUGACUCGUGGCGUCCGCAGGGCAACCCGCUGCUCUUUGACAGCAAUUUCAACCCCAAGGCCAACUACAACGCAAUAGUCCAGCUCCUGUCGCAGUAAAAUGGUCACGAGCCGGCGCGACGAAGCAUCAGAGGGGG